AUGGUCAACAUCAUGAAGUUCUGGACGCCUCUACUUAUGAUGUUCCUCUGUGUGGUGCUACUGUCUGUGUUGGGAGGAAUGAAGGAAAAACAUAACCACAGGGGGGAAUUGUUACUUCCGGAAUGCUGGGGAUGGCCAACACUCCAAGAAUGUGCCAAGAGAUGUUCUAGAACCUUUAGAUGUAUAGAAAUAAAUCACACAUGCUGCUGGGCAUACUGUGGAAACAUCUGCUGGGAAAACACAGGUGAGGAAUGUUCCCCUGAGCACCAGGAGAUGCCACACAUGAGCAGGUUCUCCCCCUGGGAGGACUGGUUCAGUGAGUAG